CCGGGGGGGGGAAGAGACCGAGUCCGACCCGGCGGCGGCUGCAGCGCAGGAGCCAUGAAGACCCCUGCGGACGCAGGGUUCGCCUUCCCCGACUGGGCCUACAAGCCCGAGUCCAGCCCCGGCUCGCGGCAGAUCCAGCUGUGGCAUUUCAUCCUGGAGCUGCUGCGCAAGGAGGAGUACCACGACGUGAUCGCCUGGCAGGGCGACUACGGCGAGUUCGUGAUCAAGGACCCCGACGAGGUGGCGCGGCUGUGGGGCGUCCGCAAGUGCAAGCCUCAGAUGAACUACGACAAGCUGAGCCGGGCGCUGAGGUACUAUUACAACAAACGGAUCCUGCACAAAACCAAAGGGAAACGAUUCACCUACAAGUUCAACUUCAACAAGCUGGUGCUGGUGAAUUACCCCUUCAUCGACAUGGGCAUGGCAGGCGGCCCCGUGCCCCAGAGCGCCCCGCCGGUGCCCUCGGGCGGCUCCCACUUCCGCUUCCCGCCCUCCACGCCGUCGGAGGUGUUGUCGCCCGGGGCAGAGGAGCUGCGCUCGCCCGGCGUCUUCUCGGCCGUGGCCCGGCGCCUCGCCCGCGGCUCGGUCAGCGACUGCAGCGAUGCCACCUCGGCCACCUCGGAGCUGGAGGAGCCGCUGGGCGAGGAGGGGCGCCGGGGCGGGGGGCCGGGCGAGGGGGGCGGCUUCCGCGGGCCCCCCCUGCCCGCCCACCCCCGGCUGGCCCAUGACAGCCUCUUCCGCGCCUACCCCCGGCCCCGCGGGCCCGAGCCCCUCAGCCCCUUCCCGGUGUCCCCCAUGGCCGGCCCUGGCGCCCUGCUGCCCCCCCAGCUCUCACCCGCCCUGCCCCUCACCCCCACCCACAUGAACUACACCCCCUCGCCCACCCUGAGCCCCAUGUACCCUGGCGGCUCCCACUUCUCCUUCAACCCCGAGGACAUGAAGCGCUACCUGCAGGCGCACACUCAGAGCGUCUACAAUUACCACCUCAGCCCCCGGGCCUUCCUCCACUACCCCCACAUCCUCGUGCCCCAGCCCCAGCGCCCCGAGAAGCCGCCCCCGCCCGAGGAGCCCCCCGCCCCCUUCAAAUUCAAACUGCAACCGCCCCCGCUGGGCCGGCGGAACCGGGACAAGGUGCCGGCACCCCCCGGUGAAGGGGCCGCCCCGGAACCCCAGCUGCCCUGCAUCAAGGUGGAGCCCAUCUCGGAGGGGGAGUCGGAGGAGGAGGAGGUGACGGUGGAGGUGACGGACGUCAGCGAGGAAGAUGAGGAGGUGUUCAAGGCUCCCCCCGUCCCCCCCGAGAAGCCUGGGGAGCCCCCGGUAGCCCUGGCCCCCCGGCAGGGCGAGGAGAGCGGCCAGUGCAUCCCCCUCAAGCUGCGUUUCAAGAGGCGCUGGAGCGAGGACCAGCGGCUGGAGGCGGGCGCGGGGGGGGGCCCCGAUGAGGCGGAUGACAAGAAGGUGAAGGGGGAGCGGGAGGGCGGGGGCGCCCUGGACGGGGGUGGGCGACGUGUCAGCACCGACCUGCCCCACGCCACGGCCCAGCUCUCACUGGAGAACAAGGACUCGUAGAGGUGGAGCCGGUGCCCCGGGGGGGGGGUGGGCUGGGGGGCCGACUUCUGCUGCCUUAACUCAGAGAUUUUAACCCUUCUCUGGGCCGCCUUCUCUCCAGGACCCUGUAUGUUGACAUGGGGCAGGGGGCGCUCAGCUGUUUUUACUUCGAUAUACAUAUAUAUAUAUUUUUGGGGGGAUGAUUUUAAAUCUGGGGGCAGCUUUCCUUUCAGGGUCUCUGGUUUUUAAAGAGGGGAUGACCCCAGAAUUUAUAUCACGUAGAAUUUUGUUUUUAUCCUUUUUCCCACCCCCUGAAUCCCCUUGUUUAUAUCCAGUUGCUGCCUUGUGGGUUGGGGAGGGUUGAUCUAAAUUGGGGGGGAUGUUGAGGGAUCUCAAUGUCCCUCGCCCCUCAUUUGCGGGAAACAGGGGCUUUAAAGCACAAUAAACUCUCUUUAAGCCCUA